AUUGCGCCCGAAGAAGUUUGCUCGUUUGCUGUUGACAGCCUGAAAUAAACUAAAUCAGUUGUAUCCAGAACGUGAACCUCAUUAGUACUUUUAUUGAAAGAAGAUCUUUUUAGCUGACGACGAGGUUAAAAGUGAAAGUUAAGUUUGCGUGCAAAAGUGAAGUGGUUCUGGAGAAGCUGUGCAAGGCGUUCAAUUGGGCAGAUUUCGGCCAAUCCUGGAGGUUUCCUUUGGUAAGUUGAGGACAUUUUACCAGCAACAAUUGAGCCAUACACGCUAAGAAAAUGUUACUCUAAAAUGAGUAAGAUUCACACAAAACUGAGCUAAACUGGAACAGCUCAAAAAAUGAGUAAAUUGCAUUUCCAGCGAUAGCGCUGAACCAAGUGCAAAAAUCCAACUGGUUUAAGCCGUAUAAUAUUCUUCGCAUCAUCAAGAAUAUUAUACGGCUUAAACUGAUGAGAUUUUCGCACUUGGGCCAGCGCUAUCGCUGGAAAAAAAAUUUACUCAAUUUUGAGUUGUCCCACUUUAGCUCCAAAAUGAGUGAAUUUUCUGACCGUGUAGUGUAAAAAAAAAGCCUGAUAGUCUGAAAGAAUACUAUUGAUUGUUCUUUUGUGUUGAUAUUGAUAAUCGCUUUUGUGAAUACAUUCUAAGACAGUAUUGACGAUCUUGCACCAAAUACGACGCACAGGCAAACAUAAUUGUCCCACCACAAAAUAUGCACACCGGUUUCAGCAUACAUUGGUUGAUGUCGCCGCUACAGUUUUCCAGUAACGGAGCGUUAUUUUGGGGUGGUGUUUCGACUAAUCGGUUUGUUUAUGCACUGUUUCCUUUGUUGUUGGAUGUGUGAACAUUGUGCUGUCAAAGAUUGAACAUUUGCACGAUCGUCGCGAAAUCCUUGCAAAGCUCAAUAUUGUUUCUUUUAUCAAUAGCCGGUCUCAAGUGACGCUACCAGGAGGAUUGAGCGGAAGUGCUUUUGAGCAGCUCAGACAAGGAAGAUUGUGUUCCCAGGUUGAAAGCUUUCCCUGGUAUAGGCCGUCGACGAGUAAUUCGAGGCAUAAUAAGAAGUGGUUGCUGUUGUUGCGGAAUUGGAAGUUGUUGCUGUUGCUGGGCAGUUGGAAGUUGAUGUGACUGGAGAUCGUUUAGUGGUGGCUGUUGCUGGAUUCGGUGGCUUUUUGGAAUUCGCUCUUGGAUUAGUUAGACUUGCCGGUGGUGACGUUGAGGAAACGGAAUCGGACUGGUGCUACUUGGCGAGAUCAUUACUGGUGUGCGAACAGGUACGUGAUUUUUUGGUUCUUUUGAUUGUGGGCUACAACAUUGCCAUCGCGGUUGUGUUUGAAUUAUAUUUCUUUUACAUUUCAAGUGUCGUGCCUAAGUUGAAAUAAUGGGACUUAUCGGUACCAUUGACCCGUAUGUGCAGGGUACAUCGUUUUCCCAUUAUGUUGAACAAAUGGAAUACAUUUUUUCAAGCAAUGAUAUCCAGGAAGUUAAGAAAAAGGACAUCUUUUUGAGCUUGUGUGGGGUUACGGUAUUCCAUGAACUAAAGCGUCUGUAUCCUGCUACGGACCUUAAAACUGUAUCAUAUGCCGACAUUAUAAAGAAACUCAAAGAGAGGUACGAUAAGGUAGAAUCAGACAUUGUGAUGCGUUUUAAAUUUCGAUGCCGCGUUCAGGGACCGAGUGAAAGUAAUGAAAAUUUUUUACUUGACGUCAAGUUACUGGCCGAGACCUGUGAUUUUGGUGAGUUUAGAGAUUCCGCGAUUAGGGAUCAGCUAGUAUAUGGUGUAUACGAUAAAAACUUACAGCAAAGGUUGUUGGAUGAAGAAAAUUUGACCCUAAAGGUGGCGGAACGGAUUCUGAAGACAAAAGAGGUAGCAGCGAAUAGUUCCCAGGCGAUCAAUAGAACUAGCGAGGUGCAUUCAGUUAAAGAAAGGCUAGGUUGGAAAGGUGAUAGGAUUGAAACAAGGGGUUACCGAGAAAGAGUUGGUGCGGAAAGAGGAAGAGAUAGGAAUCGUCACGAAAGAAGCUAUGAUAAUAGGCGUUUACAGAAGUCAUAUACGAACUAUAGGUCUCGGUCCCGAUCGCAAACCAAGGGACGCUAUUCUAAUUUCAUUUGCCAUUAUUGCAAUAUUAGGGGACAUAUCCAAAAGAAUUGUUAUAAAUUUCUGAAUAAAUCGAAAAAUGCGACAGGAAAUCCGGUGAAAUUUUUAGAGGCGGAAAAUGAGGAUAAUCUCCAUGACUAUUUCAAGCGGCUGAGGAAGGACUACGAUAGCGACGCAGAUUCAGAUUGCCAUCGGAGCACAUCUUCUCACGGCCCACAGGGGGCAGAUAAAGCUCAUCAAGAAGACUGAAAGGAGACGAAAUGUCACGUUCCAGGUCGGUGACAGUAUCACGAAUAGACGGGGAGAGAAAAGGCGAUAUACUGCGUCGGAUGAUGAAGAACCAUUCGAUGGUUUCGAGUUGUCGAAUGAACCCCCACCAGCUAGGAGUGAACUCCAUCCAGAGGCAUUGCAAGAGAUCGUGGAAACCAAAAACGCAUCGAAUUACCAACCAGUUGGAGCUCGAAAAUCGACUAGGAAGAAGAAGAGAGCAGAGCAUGAAGAUUUCCUGUACUAUUAAGCUACAUCAGUGUGAAUUUCAAGUGCCAUCGAAUAUUACGAUUGAUUAAGCGAAUUAAAGUAAAAACACAUUUGUAAGGACAAGUUGAAUUGUUUGUAAGUUCAAGUUAAGUGAUGAUUACUAACUAAAAAGGGAAGGAAUUGUAUUGUAUUCAGUGUGUUAACUUUCCUAUCCCCGAUCACACACAAAUGAAAGAUAUAUUAUACCUUACCUGUUAGCAUCUUUUAUACACAUUGCGUCCGAAGAAGUUUGCUGUUGACAGCCUGAAAUAAACUAAAUCAGUUGUAUCCAGAA